AAAGGCGAUUACUGUAAUCUAUAAUCACACCUUUCCCCUAAUCUCCUUCCUUAAUUAUCGUUCUCUUUCUAUUGGUGUUACUGUGUGUCUCCCAUUCUUUCUAAUUCUAUCUCAGCUUUUUCCUCGCCGGAGCAUCUCCGACCGAUCUAUUUUCCUCCAUUCUUUCCGGCGUUCCCCUCCGAUGACUCCCCACUAUGCUCCAUAGCUUUCCCUCUCCACCAAUCAACCGCCAUCACCAUUCUCCGCCAUCUUCACCUUCCUUUUCUCGGUUAUCCCUUUCAGAUCCGUUUCCCGUCGAUUCGAAAAUCGAGGUAGACGAAAUUAUUCAUGGAUUAACAUCACCCGAUGAAUCGUUUUCCCCCAUGCAUCUCACAGAACCACUCGCUUCAACAAUCGACCACUUCUCGUGAAUCAAAUUCUAGGUUUAGGGUUUCUUAGCGUGUUUCGAUAAAAUGUUCAAGAAAAUCAUGAAAGGAGGGCAUAAAAAGCCCUCCAAAUCGGACUCCCAUGAUCCUCCUCCGUCAGGGAAUAAUCGGAAUUCAGCGCCUGUUGUUGUUAACCACGCCUCACGCGGUGGCGCUGGAGGAACCUCUGCUGCUAAUUCCUCCGCGAUGGCCAUGACUCCAGCUUCCGGUACAAUGGAACCCGUUCCUUUGUUCCGCGACGUGCCGGUUUCGGAUAAGCAGAAUCUCUUCCUCAAGAAGCUUCACAUAUGCUGCUUCUCGCUUGAUUUCACCGAUACGAUGAAGAAUGUUCGGGAGAAAGAGAUCAAGCGGCAAGCUUUGAUGGAGCUAGUGGAGUUUAUUCAAUCAGGUUCGGGGAAGAUAUCUGAGAGUUGUCAGGAAGAGAUGAUUAGAAUGAUAUCUAUCAAUAUUUUUCGAUGUUUGCCUCCGGCUUCUCAUGAGAAUACUGGUCAAGAGCCUACUGAUCCGGAAGAGGAUGAGCCGAGCUUGGAGCCAGCUUGGCCUCACUUGCAGCUAGUUUAUGAGCUUCUCCUUAGAUAUGUGGUUUCUUCUGAUACUGAUACCAAGGUUGCUAAACGGUACAUUGAUCAUUCGUUUGUGCUCAAGUUGCUUGAUUUGUUUGAUUCUGAAGACCCGCGUGAGCGCGAGUAUUUGAAAACCAUUCUACAUCGUAUAUAUGGGAAAUUCAUGGUUCAUAGGCCGUUUAUUAGGAAAGCGAUUAACAACAUUUUUUAUCGGUUUAUAUAUGAGACUGAGAGACACUGUGGUAUUGGGGAGCUUUUGGAGAUUCUUGGUAGCAUUAUUAAUGGGUUUGCUUUGCCCAUGAAAGAGGAGCAUAAGUUGUUUCUUGUUAGGGCUCUUUUGCCUCUGCAUAAACCUAAAUCGGUUGUUAUGUACCACCAGCAGUUGUCUUACUGCAUAACUCAGUUUGUGGAGAAAGAUUUCAAGCUGGCUGAUACGGUUAUUAGGGGCUUGUUGAAGUAUUGGCCUGUCACCAAUUGUCAGAAGGAAAUUCUCUUUCUUGGAGAACUUGAGGAAGUGUUGGAGGCUACACAGGCUGCUGAAUUCCAACGAUGCAUGGUUCAACUUUUCAAACAGAUUUCCCGCUGCCUCAACAGUUCCUUUCAGGUUGCAGAGCGAGCCCUCUUUUUAUGGAAUAACGAGCGUAUUGUGACCUUAAUUGCUCAAAACAGGACUGUAAUAUUACCAAUAAUAUUUGAAGCUUUCGAGAGAAAUAUUGAGGGUCACUGGAACCAGGCAGUUCACGGGCUGACCGUGAAUGUUCGCAAAAUGUUCAUCGAAAUGGAUGCAGACUUAUUCGAAGAGUGCCAGAGGCAAUAUGCAGAGAAACAGGCAAAAGCCCAAGAAGAGGCAGAACAGAGAGAAUUGACCUGGAAGAGACUCGCAGAAGCGGCUGCACAGAACGGGGUGGACGACAUGGUGACAGAUUAGUGUCUGCUAGCUUUACUGCCUUAGCUCUGGAAGUGUGAAUUAAAUAGAUGGAGGAUGAUGAAUAUGCUCCUCUUUUUUUAUUUUGGUGCCAUUAUUUAUUGGUUUUUUUUCUUCUCUUUUAUAAUUUCCAGCCUAAUUCUUUUCUCCUCUUCCAUCUCCUUAUUAUAUAUCAGUUGGAUGAUUAGCAUUUUGAAGAAAGCAGUGAUUAAUGUUAAUUAUUGAAGUUGUUAGCCAUGUCUGGUGAUUAAGAAAUAUUCUGUGAAUAUUCUGUGGAAUACUCUUUUGUAUUUGUCCCUUUUAGAGAAGAUAAAUACAGAAGAUUUAUUUUA